AUGGAGCCACCUCCGCCUCCGCCGCCACCGCACGGCUCUAAUCCACAAGGCGGCAGGUCGGGUGGCCUCCCUGAUGGCAGGUACGAUAUUUUUGUCAUUCCUCCGCAUUCCGCGGGUUCGGGCUUUCUCUAUCUGCCAUCACUACAAACCCAGCGCAACAGUUUCUUGGCCGGUGUCUUUUGUACAGCUGCUACGUUCUUCAUCUACACGACGGCUGUGCCGGUGGUCAAAGAAUGGCUGCUGAACACAAUCAACAGCGGUGCAAGCGGAGUGUUCACGAUCGUGUGUUGUGUUGCAGUAGUCGCUUGGGCACUUGGCAAGACGCAGGGUGAGUGGACACAAUCUUCAUCGUCCGCUCGGGCAGGUCCUAGUCCUGGUGCCGGUGGUCAUUCUCGCCCGGGGAGUACGGGCUAUGGCAAUGCUGGAUCAUAUUCGCAACCUCAGUCAGGACCUCACCCUCAUGCACAAUCUGCUCCUCCUCCCCCCCCUCCACCACCUCCCAACCACGGAACCAGUGCACCUCCUCCACAGUCGUCCUGGCAAAGACCACAAGCCAAUACAAAGGCCAACACUACCAGUGGGAAAUCAAGCUGGGAAAAGGCUAGAGAAGAGACGAGAAAGAGGGAGGAAGAGAGGAAACGAGCAGAGGAGUUGAAAAAGCGACGAGAAGAGCUAGAAAAAGAGCGGCAGAAACAGAGGGAAAAGGACGCACUAGAGAGGCUUGAGCGCGAGCGCAAAGAAAAGAAAGAGCGUGAAGAAAAAGAGGCUGCUGCUGCCGCGGCCGCGGCUGCUGAGAAGGAGAGACAAGAACGCGCAACGGCGGCGGCGGCGGCAGCGGCGGCACGAGCAUCACCAACGAAGCGUCCCCCUAUGCCAUCUGUACGAACCGAGCAUGACGACGAUGCCUAUUCUUUCAGACCCUAUGACCGCGCCAAAAGAACACACAAAGCAAACUCGGCGGCAUCAAUGUAUUCGGAAUCCUCUUAUACCCCCUCUGAGAGCACGGCAAGGACGACACCGCCUCCCUCGAUGCGCGGCCCAUAUUCUACCAAGGACCCGGACAAGAUCAUCAUCAAGGGGGUGUUCUCCUUCAACAACGCUUUCAUGCGAACUCCCAUCUCGCAACUUAGAUCCGCCCAAGGUAAUGUCACCGACGGUCUAAUCCUACGGAUCACCACCGAAGGUUUGUUCAUUGAUGACGAUGUACGAGGAGUACCACAACGGGAAUGGGAUGUCAAGGCGUGGACGAUGAAAUUGGCAGAGGUAUGGUGUCCCCAAACAUCCCCAGCAGAAAACACUUGUGCCCCGAAGGGUAGAUCCUUCCUUGGAAUUGGUGCCGAUUCGAGGCACCAGUCGUCACCCUCACAGAACGACUCGACGGCUUUUGUCACCAAGCUGUUGACGUCUUGCCAAGGAGGGUGCAAGACGGCCGGGCCUCGAACAUAUACAACCCACAGAUUCGCGUCUUCGCUGUCUAGCAAAUCAACGAAUAGCGAUGAUACUGACGCAACUUUGACACAGAGCUGUGAACUCGGCGGUCUGCACGUUCUUCGAGCCACAAUUCGCGACCAGGAAGGAAAGAAAUAUGUCUUUGUCUUGUCACAAAGCGAGGGUUGGAAAGUUGCCGUUGGACUCCAGCGUCUACGGAGGGGCAGCCAGGUGCGAGCCCUAGGGGUUGCCGGUCUUCCACAAAAUGAGGCCAAAGCGAUUCUUGAGAAUCUGGGCUUUUUGUGA